CAAACAUUCCCUGUCGUCAUCAAGAAUCAUACAUUAAUUUUAAUCAUUCCUUUCCUCAACUCCUUAUCGUGCGUAAUAUGGGAUUUACCUGUGCGUGAGUUAAGUGAGUGCGUGAGUUAAAUUUCUAACAUUUCUUUCCUCCUAAGACGUUCAUCUUUAUCCUCUCGCCAACUAGCCUCAAGAUGCACGAAUUUUACAAGGAGCAGAUAAUGCCAUUGGUAUUUUCUACUUUCAUCUAAAGACCCGUCGGACUUGCUGAUGCAAAUUUUUCAACUCUUGCAAAAUGUAAUGCUGAUCGACGGAGUGAAAAAGUGACAGCACCAUGAUAUUCUUAAGGAAACUAAUGUGAAACUGUGUGUAAAUCGGGGUCCUGGUGUAACGUAAUAACAGAGUAGUAGAAGGGCAAACAACGAACAAACCCAGGGUCCACCAAGGCGGUUUCACAUAAAAGCUCGUGGUACGUCAACGGGGCCAGACACUCUCAGCGUAACCAUUGAGGAGGCCAGAGAUCGAGAAAAGGACCCAGGAGUGGCCGAGUGAAAGCGCGGGAAUUUUUGAGUGACGUUGAAACAAACUUGAGCUAGAAGAAUUGUGAUAUUUUAUUUUUUCUUUAAGUUGGCUGAAUAUUAUCUAUAAUUUUUCAAAGGAAACAAAGAAAAAUUGUUGUACAUAAUAUCAAGUGGCAUACGUGUUAAUUGGGAUAAAAAGUGUGUGAUAUUUUAUUCCAUAAGAGAUUCAAAGUGAUCAAAUAGUCUGGAAGGAAGUGUAGUGAAAAGUUGAAGAUGGGUUCGCUGCAGCAACAGUCAGUACUAAAGGGCGAGCAUGUUUCCAUAAAACAUGAAACAUGUUUGGUACAUAAAAUAUUUAAUAAAAUUGCCUACGAGAAUCCUAAUAAGCCAGCAGUCUUAUACGAGGAUGAUAACGGCCAGGAGCGUGUACUGUCGUACGAGGAGUUGAACAGCAUAACAAAGAAGAUAGCUAUAGCUCUUAGAAAAUUAGCCAAGCCUCAAAAAGAUGUGGAUGCACUAAUUGCAGUGUCGAUGAACCCAACCGAUCGGUUGCCGAUAACAUUAUUAUCAAUUCUCAAAGCGGGAAUGGCUUAUUUGCCAUUGGAUCCUGAAUUUCCAGUACCCCGAGUUACUCAUAUUCUUCAGGAGUCCGAACCGUUACUAGUUAUAUACGAAGAAGGAGCUGAUGCAUCAAUCUAUGGGAGCAGCAGGACAAUUUCCUACGAGCGACUUCUGGACCUUGCUAAUGAGGAAAUAGAAAGCGACCUUGAUCUCGACCAGAAAGAUGAGGAUCUAGCUAUCGUUUUAUACACUUCCGGUAGCACUGGAGUCCCUAAGGGUGUACGAUUACCCCAUGCGACUCUGAUGAAUCGUCUUUGUUGGCAAUGGAGGACAUUGCCCUAUGGCGAGGACGAGAAAGUCUGUGUCUUCAAGACGGCCUUGACCUUCGUCGACAGCGCCUCUGAGAUUUGGGCUCCUCUUCUUCAAGGUCGUACUAUUCUGGUGGUACCAAAGCACGUGACCAAGGAUCCCGAGAGGUUCGUCGAGGUCCUGGAAAAACGACAGAUCAAACGGCUUGUACUGGUACCUUCGCUUCUGCAAUCGCUUCUAAUGUAUCUGGGACUGAGAGAAGAAGAUUAUCUUCUAAAUUCUCUGAAGCUCUGGAUCUGUUCUGGGGAACCUCUUCCAGUCUCCUUAGCCCACCAGUUCCUGUCCAGAUUCCCCAGCGGCGAGCACGUCCUGGCGAACUUCUACGGGAGCACGGAAGUCAUGGGGGACGUCACUUAUCAUUUACUCAGUCGACCUAAUCAGUUGCAGGGACUUGAUAAAGUGCCAAUUGGUCGUCCUCUGGACAAUUGCAUCGUCUACCUAGUGGACAAACACAUGCGGUUGGUACCUCAGGGUGAGGUCGGCGAACUGGUUGUAGCUGGUAGAAAUUUGGCAGCUGGAUACAUUCGUAGAAGAGACGCACAUAAAUUCCUUGAUAAUCCUCACGUCAUAGAUCCAGGAUACUCGAAAAUCUAUUGCACUGGGGACUAUGCGAGAAUCGUCAAGGGUCUUGUGAUCUAUGAGGGUAGGACCGAUUCUCAAGUUAAGGUACGUGGACACAGGGUUGAUCUUGCUGAAGUUGAAAAAGCAGUGGCUGCUGCGCCUGGUGUCAAUAAGGCCGUCGUCCUUUGCUACAAACCUGGAGAACUGUCACAGGCUCUGGUUGCGUUCGUCAAUGUUAAGGAAGAUACGUCAAUCUCUGGACUUCAGAUUGAGAGUUUCCUGCAGAAUACACUUCCACCUUAUAUGAUUCCCCAGGUCAUCGUCCUGGACUCUAUUCCUUUGCUUGUUAAUGGAAAAACGGACAGACAGGCUUUACUUAGGAAGUACGAGACCAUUACUGGUCCAGAUAGCGAAGAAGUUGUAGAGUGCGAUUAUACGGGUGUACCCGUGGAUAUGUUGCCUAUGGCAAAGGUCUUAUUUCCUACUGUUGCUUUUGUCGUAGGACGUAGUAGUCGUGCCGCAGUGACGGUUAAUUCAAAUUUUUAUGAACUUGGCGGAAAUUCAUUAAACUCCAUUUACACAGUGACUAAAUUAAGGGAUCAGGGUUAUCAGAUUGGUAUAACUGAUUUCAUCACGGCUAAAUCUAUGCUUGAUAUUCUGAUUAGAAUGAAAUCAGAUUCAGAUGCAGAGUCUGUAGGAGAUAAUGAUAGCCUUGAUAAUUAUAUUGUGGAGAAAUUAAAUGAUUCUCAUAAAGAUGACGUAAUACGAAUGAUCACUGAUAGUUUUUAUUCAAAAGCUGAUUUGGAAUAUUGGCUGAUGCCUGAUAUAUCUAGAGAGGAUUACAGUGAUUUGAUGAUCAAGAUGUGGGAGCCUCUGGUGGAAAAGGGAUUCAGUUUUGUCAUCAAAUCCUUAGAGGGUGAAGCUAUUGGGGUUGCAUUGAACUUCGACGCAAGGGAUGAGCCUGAAGUGAUGAUAAAUUCAAAGCUGACAAUUAUUUUUGAGUUCUUGGAGUACCUGGAAGGUCCUAUCAGAGACAGCAAACUGCCCAAUGGACUGGGUCAGAUUCUUCAUAGCUUCAUGAUGGCGACCAAUCAGUCUCUUAGUGGAGCUGAAAAUGUUACUGUCAUGAGAAAGAUGGAGGAGGAAUGUCUUCGUUUGGCUAGGAGAAAGGAAUUCGCUGGAAUAUUUACAACUAACACGAGUCCACUCACUCAGCAACUUGGGACUGAUAUUUAUGGGUAUCAAGUAUUGCUAGACUAUCAAGUAAACAAGUAUAUUGCUCCGGAUGGUUCUAAACCUUUUGGCAAGGCGCCGGAUGAGCAGAGAGCUGUAUGUUCCUGGAAAAGUGUACAUUAGUAUUUUGUGAGCAAAGUUCUCGUUGUUGAUAUAUUUUUGGCACGGUUUUAGCUUUCCUUGAUCAGUAUUAAUCAGGAUCAAUGAUUAUUACCGACAGAAUUUCGAUUUGUGAUGAUUGUAAAUAUAUUUGUAAAUAUGGAUAAAAAUUGUAGUAGCUGUGUGUAAUGUUAUGUUCUUAGGUAAUAGUAAUUAAUCGUUGAAAGGUAAUAGAAACGUUGUUUUCCAAUAUUAACUAAAAGGCCAACAAAUGCACAUCAUUUAUUUAUAAAGAAUAAUACAUUAAAACAACAUUAAUUAGCGUAUGGAAUAAAGAAUAUAUAAUUACUGGAA